AAAGAAUAUCGAAAGAUGAUGCAACCUGAGAUUUUUGAUCAGCCUUCUUGGCAAUUCUAUGAUGUCAUGGAUUCAACUUGGGAUCAAGUUGGAAACUGCAGUCUCAGCAGUAUGGAUGCUACUGUUGGUGGCGGUGAAUUCUCAGCUCCAUUCAUACCAAUUGACUGUCUUUCGGAGAUUUCCUCGGUCCCUUUUCCUUCUUCCGUGAUCUCUGGUGAAUCUCUCCAGGUUGCAGUUUGUGAUGAUUCCCUGCAAGGUAUGUCAUUUAUGGAGGAUUUUCCAAUUGACUUGGAAGGAUUUCAGCCUGAUUUGUGUGGCGAGUUUGAGAGCUUGUAUGGAUCUUUGGAGGAGAGUAUGGGAAGUUUUCCUUCACAGAAAUUCUCUGGGGAGGAAAAUGAUUUGUGGAGUCCUAGCUCAUCAUUGAAGUCAGAAGCAUCAAUGGACACAAUAUCAACCCAAAAAGUACUAAUCUUGCCAGGAGAAGACAUGGAGAUUGAAACCGAACAAAGUGUUUCUCAUCUUCUCAGGGCUUACGGCGAAGCCACGGAGAAUGAACAGAGAGAGCUCAAGGAGGUGAUUCUGAGAUGCAUCAGUGAGAAAGUCAGCCCGCUCAGGAAAACUUUGGAGCGCAUUGCUUUCAACUUAUCCCAAGAUGUCGAUGAUCAAGGCGAGUAUCUGAAACAAGAAUCAUUCAAAAACUUUGAUGCUGCGUUCAAGGCGUUCUACCAAAGCUUUCCAUACGGAAAGUUUGCUCACUUCACAGCAAAUUCAGCGAUUCUUGAAGCUGCACCGGACGAUGCAGAGACAAUCCACAUAGUGGAUUUUGACAUUGGAGAAGGGCUUCAAUGGUCUCAGAUGAUCGAGGCUACUGCUUGGCAACAGAAGACACUAAAACUGACAUCAAUUAGGCGGGAAGAGAUUGAAGCUGAAUCUGAUCCAUUGCAGUGGAGUUUUGAGGAAACAAGAAAAAAUCUCCUUGGUCAUGCUAGAUUAUUUGGCCUAAAGUUGAAGGUUGAAGAGAUGGGAAUUGAUGAUUUGGUGAGUGAAUUGAACAAGGCAAAGAAAAAGGGUAAAGGGAGAAAAUUUUUGGCCUUCAAUUGUAUGGUGGGACUACCACACAUGAGAAGGGUAAGAAAUAGAAGACUUGUCAUGGAAUUUCUAAGGGUAGCUAAGGAUCAUUUGCUAGCUAAUUCUGUUAAUUCCAAGACUCACAACAAGGGUAUCAUAGUCAUGGCAGAUGGAGAUCCUAGUCAAAAGCUUAAGAGUUGUGUUAGUUUCAGUCCAUUCUUUGAUGGUCAUAUUGCACAUUACCAAGCCUUGUUGGAGUCAAUGGAAUCAAAUUUCCCAAUUCAUCUUUCGGAAGCAAGGAUGACCAUGGAGUGUCUCUUUGUUGCACCUUACAUCUCUUCUCUUGCUUGGUUACAAAAGUGGAAGGAGGUGAAGGAGGGCUUCCAUCUCGGGGAAGCGCUCGGUCUGGAGGAUUGGAGCCUAAGCAAAGAGAGUCUUAUCGAAGCCGAAGAAAUGGUAAGAAACGGGAGCUCUUAUGGAGUGAGGAUUGAAGGUUUGAAUGGAAAUGAAGCUAGCUUAGAAUGGAGAGGAGUUCCUUUAGUUAGAGUAUCAGCCUGGACAAGUCAAAGCUAAAGAGAAGCAACAACCUCCCUUUUUUUGUUUUGUUUUCUUUUUCACUCUUUAUACUCUGUUUUACUCUUUUAUUCAUAGAUGGUUAUAGCAUACUUGCAGUAUUGGUUGCUGUAUAGACUAGUCAUAAAAUGGUACAGAUCAAACCUGGAUGAUUUUUUUUUUUUUGGUCAAUUAGGAAAUCCCCAAUAUACUGCUUCUCGUUACCACUUUUUCCAAUACGUGGUUCUUCAUCUUUUUUGGGUUUUCAUCACUUAUUCUAAAAACUCAAAGCUCUUAAUUUAGAGAAAUAUGUAAGAGAAGGGUUGUCAACCUAUCAUUGCUAUUUGAUGUCACCAACAGUAAACUAUCGAUCCACGAGCACAAUAUCCCUCAUUCUUUAGUUUCGACAAAAGAAAUUGGAGGUUGGCACUUAUUUUAAGGUGUAUUUAUGGUGGAGACCGCUUUUUUCUCUAUUGGUAAGAAUCGUGUUUACUCAUCAGAAUAAUUU